AUGCCUGUCACAUUCAUCAACCGAAACAUAAGAAACUUCGAACGCGGCAGCGAAUUGGCCGCCAUCAACGCUCACCACGCUCAUAUCAAACAUGAGAAACGGCGCGAGGCAAUACGAGACGCAGCUCGCCAGCGCAACGCUCGGCUGUUAAGCUACGUCGAGGCACCCCAUUCCCCCACGCCCCUUCUGGUGCGUCACAUCGGCGGCUUGCGGGAUGACCCUUUCUGGACUCUCCCCGUGGAAAACACCUGCGACGCCAUGUUGGGUUUUGACUACCACUUCCAGGUCUUGUGCCCGCUGGCCCUGAGCUUGGGCAACUACAACCGAACCCAGCACGAGUGCAUGAGGAUCAAUGUGCUCCAAACGGGCAUGUAUUGCAGUUCGAUGAUCGCCCUGAACUUGACCAUGCAGAGGCUACACCUGGAGAGCACCGCGCGCCUUUCGAGAGCGGCUCUCUACCACCUGAACAAUGCUGUCGCUCAGUUGCGGGAAGCGCUACAAGAUCCGGCGACGAGCACCGGGGACAUUGUCCUCGCCACCAUCUUCCCGAUGGCUGUUGUCUAUCGUAUGUUGAACGAUCACGCCGCUUUCAAUGCACAUGUUCAAGGCGUCCGCCGCAUCGUCGCGCUGCGUGGAGGGCUCGAUCGGCUGGGGUGGAGAGGCUUCCUGAAAAUCUCGGCGGUCGGGAUGUUUGAAUCUGCCGCCGUGCUGCACCGCCAGCAAGCCCUGCGCAACCAGGACGAAGCACAAGGCCUCAAGCUCCCCGCCGACUCUGCGGUGGAAUAUCCCUCCAAGCCAUUCCCUCGGGCGUUGCGGGCAAAAAUCUCAAAGUUGCCUCCGGGAUUGGCGCGCCUCGCUUCUGGGGGUUGUCUCAGCCUGCAGUGCAUCAACUUCCUCCAGAUCUUUUGCGAGUGGCUUGCGAACAACAGCUCGACUCCCGGCCCCCACGACUCGAUCACGGAACUCGGCCACGAUAUCCUGGCGAUGGCCGGGCUGAGCACCACCGAGCGGGUGCUCGCGGUGGCCAUCCAGGCGUACGUGAACUGGUUGGAAAGGACGGUGCGGCGCUGGAGCAACUUCUCGUCCGAACACAGCGUCAAGAUGCAAAUUGCGCUGUUGGCCCGGAAACCCGACCUGGACGCGUGCGACGGGGACGUCCUCGCCUGGGGCUGUCUGGUAAUCAGAGACACGACUGCGCCAGGCACGGCCUCGUGGGAAUGGGCCACUAAGCAUCUCUUGACGAUGGACCUGGACGGAGAAAGAGAGACGUGCCUCGAUCGCCUUUUCUUCAGCCGCCCAGGCUUCGCAUCGGAGAUGAGUUGAGCGGAAGUGAGGAUCGUCGAGGCCAUCACAAACAGCGCUGGAAACGGCAUAAUGAGAAUGUAAGCUUGAGCUGGCUGGACUGGGCAGCUUUGGACCACCG